GAAAUAUAUUUGGUUUUUCAAUUUCUUUUGGUGCGAAAAUUCAGAGAAUGUCAAGAAAAGUUUCCUGGGCUUGGGUUUAAGAAUUGUUCUUUGCAUGAGCCAUCUGCAAACAUAAAAAUGAGUAAACAUGCAACUCCAUUAUGUAGAUUAUUUCAUGCACUUGCAGCAAAUGAUAAAUUUUCAAAUGCUAUUGAAAUUUAUCCCAAUUACCUUCACCUUCUCUGCUCAUGCAAAGACCUCAACUCUAUCCUUCAAAUUCAUGCCCGUUUAAUUGUCUCGGGCCAGAAAAAACACCCUUUAACAAGUAUACGUCUUGUCAAAUCUUACCUUUCCUUUCAAAAAUGUGAUUUUUCUCGCUUUGUUUUUUAUUCUCUGCCAAAGCCGAGUGUUAGAUUGUACAAUACCAUGAUACAAGCUUAUACAAAUUCUAAAAAUUACAAAGAAGCUAUAAUAAUGUAUCAUUCUAUGUUAAAUAAAGGCUUAGAGCCUGAUAAGUGUACUUUUACAUUUGUUUUGAAAGCUUGCACUGGUGGAUUAGAGUUUAAAGAGGGUAUUUUGAUUCAUCGUGGUAUAGUUUUUAAAGGGCUGGAGUCUGAUGUUUUUGUUGGGACUGCUCUUGUUAAUAUGUAUAGUAAAAUGGGCGAUCCACAGUUAGCAAAAGGAGUGUUCGAUAAAAUGCCUAAAAGAGAUGUUGUAACUUGGAAUGCUAUGAUUUUUGGUCUGUCACACAGUGUGGCUCCUCAGGAGGCACUGAAGCUUGUUAAGAGUAUGCAAUUGGCUGGUCAGGAGCCUGAUUUUGUGACCAUUGUGAAUUUGGUUCCAGCUGUUUCGAGAUUAGCUGAUAUUGAUGCUUGUAGGUCUCUCCAUGGUUAUGUGAUUAGGAGGGGUUUUCCUGCAGUGUUUUCCAAUGGGUUGAUUGAUAUGUACUCCAAGUGUGGGGAUAUAUAUGUGGCUUGUCAGGUUUUUGAACUGAUGCAACAUACGAAUGAUAUUUCGUGGAGAACAAUGAUGGCAGGGUAUGCACAUAAUGAAUGCUUCUUUGAGGUUUUGGACUUGUUUGAUUAUAUGAAGAAAAAUAAUUUUAGGUUGAACAAAGUAUCAGUGGCAAGUGCUCUUUUGGCUGCUGCAGACGUGAGAGAUUCAGGAAGAGGGAAAGAAAUUUGUGAGUUCGCCAGACAACAAGGAAUUGACUCAGAUGUUUCGAUCACUACUGCUAUGAUGACUAUGUACGCUAAAUGUGGCAAUCUAGAUAAAGCUAAACAGUUGUUUCAAGGGCUUAAAGUAAAGGAUUUGGUUGCUUGGUCAGCAAUUAUAGAUGCUCUUGUUCAAUCACGGUAUGCAGAAGAUGCACUGUCACUAUUUCGAGAUAUGCAAAAUGAUUUUCUGAAAGCAAAUAAUGUUACCCUCCUUAGUGUGCUUCCAGCUUGUGCGGAUUUAAUGUCUCUGCGAUUAGGUAAAAGUGUGCAUUGUUAUGCGAUAAAAGCCGAUUUUGACUCAGAUAUCUUAAUUGGAACAUCCUUGGUGUCCAUGUAUGCUAAAUGUGGAUUAUUUAAUUCUGCGCUGACUGUAUUCAAUAGGAUGCCAUGUGAAGAUAUUGUGACAUGUAAUGCUUUGAUAAAUGAGUAUUCCCAGAUUGGUGACCCUUAUCAUGCAAUGGAGGUGUUCCAUGUAGUGCAGAUAUCUGAGAUUCUACCCGACUCACGAACAAUGGUAUGUCUGCUUUCGGUAUGCAUCCUUUUACAUGACCUAGAACAAGGAUCAUGCAUCCAUGGAUUAAUUAUUAAGUUUGGCUUUGAUUCUCACUGUAAUGUUAAAAAUUCACUGAUUGACAUGUAUGCCAAAUGUGGAAGUCUUGCCAAUGCUGAAUUCUUGUUCAAGAGAACUGAGUUUACAAAGGAUGAGGUAUCUUGGAAUGCCCUGAUUGCAGGAUAUGUGCACAAUGAACAUGCCAAAGAAGCUUUUUCUCUCUUUUGCCAGAUGAAAUUAGAGCAUUUUCAGCCUAAUCUAGUCACUUUUGUGAGUGUAUUUCCAGCAGUAGCACGUCUUUCGGCAUUAAAGGAAGGCAUGGCUCUUCAUGCCUGUAUUAUGAGAAUGGGUUUUCAGUCAAAUGUACUUGUUGGGAAUUGUCUUAUUGAUAUGUAUGCUAAAUGUGGGCAGCUUCAUAACUCAGAACACUUAUUUCAUGAGAUGAAGAAUAAGAACGCCGUAUCCUGGAAUGUGAUGCUUGCAGGUUAUGCAGUUCAUGGUCAAGGCUACCAUGCUAUUGAACUUUUCUCACUUAUGCAAAAGAGUCAUAUCCAGGCCGAUUCCCUGUCCUUCCUCAGUGUGUUGUCUGCUUGCAGACAUUCAGGUUUAAUAGAUGAAGGGAGAAAGAUAUUUGAUUCCAUGUACAAAGAGCACCAACUUGAGCCAGGUUUGGAACAUUAUGCAUGCAUGGUGGAUCUAUUAGGGCGUGCUGGCUUAUUUGAUGAAAUAUUGCAUUUAAUCAAGGCAAUGCCAUUGGAACCUGAUGCCGGAGUAUGGGGGGCAUUAUUGGGUGCAUGUAAGAUGCAUUCUAAUUUGCAGUUAGCAGAAUUUGCACUAUAUCAUCUAGUUAAACUUGAGCCUGAAAAUCCUACUCAUCAUGUGGUCUUAGCAAAUAUCUAUGCUAAAUCUGGAAGGUGGAGAGAUGCAGGCAGUACACGAUCAAAAAUAAUCAAGACAGGGAUGAAGAAAAGUCCAGGAUGGAGUUGGGUUUGAGCCAGUGGACAAAAUGAGCUACGCCCAUUUUGCGUAUGUGAUGAGGGUAUUCAGAGGUCAAAAAUAGUUCCUUCAUUCUGAAACGUUUAAGAAGUUUGUUUGGAAAUAUUAUAUCUCCCAACUAUUAUUGGACAUUAAGGAGAUCUAUUGCUUUUCAAAGCACAAUUGAUCAAAGUUUAUUGUUUUGUAUUCUUCAAUGGAAAUAAUAGUUUGAGAAGCACAAUGGAACACGAAUUAGGUUAGAAUAUAAGCUUACAAUACAUCCUGCAGUCCCAACCAGGUUACGUUGAUCAGGGCCUAUUAGAGAUUUAAAAUUUCCUGAGCUUCUCUUAAGGACUAUAUGGGAAGGUAUAACAGCAUAUCUUUUUUGUAAGCUGGGAAUGAUUUUCCUGAAGAUGGAAAGAUUUAAACACCAGCUAUACAGACAGCAUCCAUUUCCAGCAAUAUUCAAAUGAUUCUAUGCGUCGUGGUUGGAUGAAAACUUGCAGUUUUCCAGUGAGAGAUCCUGACUGGAUUCUGCCAGAGAUCUGUGAUUCACUAAAAUUUGAAUGCAGCUCUUUCUUUCCUCUCUUUUAAUUUUAAGGGAAUGAGGAGAGUGGAGAAGUCUUUUUUUUUUCUUUUCAUUAGCACAAAAAAUCUCAAAGAAAGCUCUGGAAAGCGGCAGUUUUUGAGUUUUUCACUGAUGAUCCAUGGGCUACAGAAAGCCAGAUGAGAGAUUGAAGAAGAUGGUGAAAGUUACAUCAUCUUCUCAAGAAAAUUCUUGACAAUACUGUCUGGAAUGGAAAUUUGGCAGAGAUACGUUCUACACUGUGAUUGUGUUUAAAUGUCAUUUCAUGUUAUAAAUUUGAAGAGGUUGGUUGGACUUUGAUCCUUAUAAAUUGUUUAUAUUCUUUUUCUUCUUUACUGAUGUGGGAUCUUUAAUAGACGUAUGAAGCACUUUCAGACUCGGGGGUAUUACGUUUUAUACAUUUGCAGACUCUGGGGCAUUUGCAGAGAUAUGAAUCACUUGCAGACUGGGGUAAAUCAUUUAGACAUUUGCAGACUCUGAGGCAUUUGCGUUGUAGACAUAUGAAUCCUGGCCAUAACUGACAAUCUUGCGGUUACCAUAAUUUUCAUUUGUUUAAAUCAUAAAAUAUUUGUCUUUUCA